GGGAAGACUGAUACAAAGCCAGUGCGACCGAGCAGAAGCGAAAGAGGGAAGGAGGCAGGGAGGGAGGGCGGAGGCAAUAAAUGCAAACAGACCGGCAGAGAAAAAAGGGUGAAAAAGAUGCACAAGGGCUGCAUCAGUUCUUGUCCGCAAGGAACAAAAAACAUUGUGUUCGUGAAUGGGAGCUGGUGAGCUCAACCACAAGGCGAGUGCAAUGAGAAACCAGGCAGACUUCAGUCGCUGGUGUUGCUGAGCCCCAAUCCUUUCUCCCUCUGUCUCUCUCUUUCUGCCUCUGCCAGCUAGGACUGAGCCUUGUGUGCGACGUGGAGACUCCUCUGGUUGCUGCUUUCAGGGCUGCUCCCCUCCCUGCUGCCUCUGGCUGUGUUUGGGCUAUGGUCCUAACUGAGAAGCAGGGCAUCACCCAGAUGCGGCGCUCCGACUGUCUGGGAGGUUAAGCCUGUAAACACCAGCAUGGGAGCAAAACAGAUGAAAUGUCUCAGCUCAGCCAGCCCUGCUCACUCCCCCAAAGAGGAGUAUGUUAUCACCCAGGCCACUGACACCCCUAAAGAGGAAACCAUCCAUGAUCAGUCUGAAGACCAGGGGGAACUUCAGGAUGACAAAUCUGAGCUGACAGAGAAAAAAUCUGUCACAGAGGAGGUGUCUUUCUGUGGAUUGUGUCCCUCCCUCGGGCAUGAUGGGCAGGAGGAGGAGAAGUCCUGGGAGGAGCAGCUGGACGCCCACCAGGAGCAGCUGGAGAAAGAGAUGCAGGAGGCCAGGAGGAUGGUGUUUCGCCUACAGGCUCUGCUGCUCCAUGGCUCCCUCCCUGAAGAGGACCAGGAUGGAUCUGUGAGCUUCGGAGAUAACCGGGCUAACACUGAACAGCAGCUGGUUCUAAUCCGCAGUCGUCUGGACCAAAGCAUGGAGGAAGCCCUUGAUCUCAAGAGGGAACUCCUGAGACACAAACAAGAGGCGCGUCACAUUCAGGCCAUCAAGGAUGCUCUGCAGCAGCGCUUGGCAGUGCAGGAGGAUAAUGUGCUGCAGCUAAAGCAGGAACUACUGAGAUGCAACAUGGCCAAAGAUCAGCUGGAAGGGGAAAAUGCAGAGCUCAAACACAAGUUGAGUGAACGGAACAAAUUACUCAGUGAAUAUGAGCAGCAACUUGGGAGGAAGGACAGGAUACUGCAGCAACAGCAACAAAAACUCGAUGAAGCUCAGCAUAAGGCACAUGAGGUCAGCCUUGCACGGGUAUGGAGCGUGACAUGUUUCAAGUAUUUCCACAAUAUAUGGUUGGAGUCAUUCAGGAGUGAAAGUGGUGGUUACAGCAACUCACUGGCUUCGACAUCUCCUCCAGCAUUUCAACACAAUGCACCGGGUGAAGAGCUGCAGCUGGUCAGGGAGGCACUGCGUAGUUUGAGAGACAGUUUUUCUGGCCACGAUCCCCAACAUCACACCCUGGACACUCUGGAGCAGGGUGUGUCCAGCCUCAUGGACCGAUUACACUCAGCGGAUACCCAGCGCAGACAAGACAGAGGGGAGGAAUUUAAAUCACCAGGACGCAGAGCCAACUCAACAGACCGUGACUCCUGGCCGCCGAGCUCAAAAAUGGCACACUCACACAGCAGCCCGGGACUGGACACCGCUGUAUCCACUAAAGUGCUCUACUUCACUGAUCGCUCGCUCACUCCGUUUCUGAUUAACAUCCCAAAAAGGCUGGGCGAGGUGACACUGCGUGACUUCAAGGCCGCUGUAGACAGACAAGGCAGUUUCAGAUACCACUUCAAGGCCCUUGACCCGGAGUUUGGCACAGUGAAAGAGGAGGUAUUCCAGGACGGAGCAGUCGUGCCUGGCUGGGAGGGGAAGAUUGUAGCGUGGGUGGAGGAGGACCACGGAGAGAGGAGGUAGAGGCCAAAAACCAGAGAUCACCACUACAAACCUCAGUUGUUCCCACUGGACCAGGAUUUCACAGAAAAAAUACUUGUGAUGCCAUAAAAACGAAUAGUUAUAAUACAAUUAACUGGGACCAAUGGAUCUAACACCGUUUCAGUAUAAAACCAUGUUUUAAAAGUGAAUGUUUCAUAUGAAGAAUUUGACUUGAAUUUGACAUUUGGGUACCACUUUUUUUUUUUUUUUUGAAGGAAUGCAUACUAGACAUUGUUUUGCAGCUCAUAGAUUAAUAUGUGGGGCUACCAAUUAAUGGUCAGUAAUGUUAACCUGAAACUCUGAAUUAUAAAGAAAGUAAUGUGACUUACAAUAAAUAAUAUGUGAUAAGCUGUGCUCUAAAAAGCUGCAAUCAGUGCAUAGUAUGCAACCCUUUCAAUAAAAGUGUUGACUGGCAUUUUUCACACGUUCCAGAUUGCCAAAUACUGAUGUUGUUGUUCUGCAUCAAUUCUGAUGUUUUAAUAAACAUGAAUUAUUGCAUGGAUCAUUUUGUUGUCAAUUAUUCCCCCAGCAUCAGGUAAUGACACCGUACACCAGCUCCUAGCCAUUAUACACUUCUCCUCAUGCGCCCACACAUUAAUAAACAAAACCCACAUAUUGUCAUUAAGGUCAAUUAAUGUUUUUUGGGUGAAGAAUUACAUUUGCUGCUGCAGAUCAACCAACUAUGUUUCAGAAAAACAUUUUUGGUUUUGGGAGGGGUCAGUUCACAGGGCAGCUGUUUAUUGAUUGUUAGCUUGGGUUUUUCAGAUU